UGUCCCAGCACGCAUUCUCCACUUUCCUGCUUGGUCCUGGAGUGGUGACACUGUGUGUGCCUGGCUGCUGGCAAGAGGGGUCCAUGGCUGGGUGUAUGGGGGGCUUUUAUGUCCUCUCCUCUGUGCUCUGCUCUUUUUCUUAGUGUUGGGUUUUAGGAUGCAGGUACUUUUGAGGCUGGGCCGCAAUGUGACCUUUAUAUACGGCUUGCUUGUGUGUGACUGCUAAUGUGUGUUGGAGACACGUACACACACAAACUGUUUCUCGGCAAUAGGACUGCCUGGGGUGUGGAGGGAACUCAUGUGGCAGAUAGCAAUCCAGCUGCCCAAGAGGGCUCUGGGCUUGGGAGUGUAUCUGUGGGGUUUCUUCCUUCACCUGCUCUCUCAGGUGCUUGGGGCUCCUCUGCUUUGCUUCUUUGGGCUUCUCCACAUGCUCUCUGUGUGUGCCCAGCAUGGGGCCCAGGCUGUGUUUACAGCUGCUUAUUCUGUGGCCCACAGGGCCCAUGUCUGUGGGGCUUAUGUCUUCCUUCAGGGGAGUGCUUGGUUUGCUCAGCUGGUAGGGAGUUGCGUGGCCUUGCCCAUACGGCUCUUUGGUGCCGUGCUAGAGACUCUGACACGCAUCCCAUUAAUCCUGCUGUGUGAGCAGGCUGCUAGGUGGCUGGUACAGUCAGGUGUGUGGGCAACGAGAGGCCUGGCUCGGGUAUGGGGCAUGGCGAUGUUCGCCCAGCUGUGUGCCCAUUCAUUCCUCAUUGGUUUGGGCCUGUGUAUGCACAUCUGCUUUUCCACCAUCAGCUCCAAGAUCCACGUGAGAGUGCAUAUACCCUUCUGUUUCUCACUGCCUGUGAGAAUCCAUGUUCCCUUGAACUUGGGCAUCAGGAUGGGGCUACAGGGCAGGAGGCCCGAGACUCCAGAGGUGGGGGUGGGUACACCUCUGGGGGAGACUGGGAGGGAACAGAAGCCCCCCAGGACCAGAAACCUCAAGCCUGCAAGGAGAAGGGAGGUAUCACGGAGCAGGAGCAGGAGUGAGCCCAGACCAGGUGGGUAAGCGCAGGGGCCAGUCCCCGCCACUGGAACCUGUCCCCAGCCUUGGGGACAGCAGCUCCUCUGGUCUGCAGGCUAAGGCUUAGGGCUGUUUCUUUUCCCAUCCCAGUCAGUCCCCUCUGUAGCUGCUGCUCUCUUUCCCUCUGGGGAGAAGGUGGUCCUUAGGGAAGGUCCAGGCAGGAAGGCACAGGCAGCUUCUAACUUUUAUUUAUUUUUUGCCGUUUAUCCAAGGACAAUACGGUCACUGAAGGCAGCACUAGGCGGAGGUCCUUCUCCACAUCACUGGCCUCUCUUACACACCUGUCUACCAGUCCUGUGUGCCCUUGGCUCUUGGGGCAGCCCCUCUCCACUUCCUUCCUGUUUAUCUUCCCUGGUGGGGUCUUUUUCUCUUCCAGUUAAUUUCUCAGGUUAUUCACUUCCUCAAGGCCACCUUGAGGGCGGUCGUUUCCUCUUGGGCUUUUUCCAUCGGGCAGUCUCUUCCCUCAGCGCCCGUGCCCGAUUUUCCCAGGUGUGCUGGGUUCCACUGACUCCGUGCU